AGUAACCAACCACAAAGUUGUAACAGCAACAACUGUGCAUAGAGCAGAGGGAAUACUUUUCUAACCGUAUAGUUUUAAUACUUUUUAUAGGGAACGAAACCAAGCACACACACACAGCAUGCGCCCACCGGUUACUCUCAAAACUACCUUUCAAUCCGGUACUUAUUCGUGUUCUUCUCCAAGCGAUCGAAGACUCAACACUCUUGCAAGACACUUUGUUCACGUUGAUCACGAUCACGAUCAAAUGGAUUCUCACAACAUCUCUGCUUCUCCAACCGCUGCUACUGAUUCCGUCUUCGCUCACCUUGUUCGUGCUCCCGAAGAUCCUAUCCUCGGGGUGACUGUCGCUUACAACAAAGAUCCAAGCCCAGUUAAGCUCAAUUUGGGUGUUGGUGCUUACCGAACUGAGGAAGGAAAACCUCUUGUGUUGAAUGUCGUGAGGCGAGUUGAACUCCAACUCGUGAAUGACGUGGCGCGCAACAAGGAAUAUAUUUCAAUUGUUGGGAUCGCCGAUUUUAAUAAAUUGAGUGCUAAGCUCAUUUUUGGUGCUGACAGCCCUGCUAUUCAAGAGAACAGGAUCACUACUGUUCAAUGCUUGUCUGGCACUGGUUCAUUAAGAGUUGGGGGUGAAUUUUUGGCUAGACACUAUCACCAACGGACUAUAUACUUGCCUCAACCAACUUGGGGCAAUCACCCAAAGGUUUUCAACUUGGCUGGGUUAUCUGUCAAAACAUAUCGCUACUAUGCUCCAGCAACACGAGGGCUUGAUUUUCAAGGACUUCUAGAAGAUCUUGGUUCAGCCCCAUCUGGAUCUGUUGUUUUGCUACAUGCAUGCGCGCACAACCCUACUGGUGUUGAUCCAACCCUUGAGCAAUGGGAGCAGAUUAGGCAGCUGAUAAGAUCAAAAGCUUUGUUGCCUUUCUUUGACAGUGCUUAUCAGGGUUUUGCUAGUGGAAGUCUAGAUGCGGAUGCACAGCCUGUUCGUAUGUUUGUUGCUGAUGGGGGUGAAUUGCUGGUAGCCCAGAGUUAUGCAAAGAACAUGGGUCUUUAUGGAGAACGUGUUGGCGCCUUAAGCAUUGUUUGUAAGUCAGCUGACGUUGCAAGCAGGGUCGAGAGCCAGUUGAAACUUGUGAUUAGGCCCAUGUAUUCAAGUCCUCCCAUUCAUGGUGCAUCCAUUGUGGCUGCCAUUCUCAAGGACCGGGAUUUGUACAAUGAGUGGACUAUUGAGUUGAAGGCAAUGGCUGAACGUAUUAUCAAUAUGCGCCAUCAACUUUUUGAUGCUUUACGUGCCAGAGCAGGCACGCCCGGUGAUUGGAGUCACAUUAUCAAGCAGAUUGGGAUGUUUACUUUCACGGGAUUGAAUCCUGAGCAAGUUUCCUUCAUGACUAAAGAGUACCAUAUAUACAUGACAUCUGAUGGGAGGAUUAGCAUGGCUGGUCUGAGUUCAAAAACAGUUUCACAUCUGGCGGAUGCAAUACAUGAGGCUGUAACCCGAGCCGUCUAAAACAUGUUACUGACUGCAGCUUUCAACUUCCUCCCAGUUGGAGGACUUUUUUUUGUGUAAUAAUUGUCACAUAUGAAACCUUUAAUUCGAUGUGAGAAUUAGAGAACUUUUUAGCUCACCGAGCACCAGUCUGAGUUCUUUGCAUUAUGACAUUUUUGUUCAGUUCUCUUUGUUUUUAUUUAGGUUAUUUGUGAUGGGGGCAGAUAUGUCGUAAAGCCAUAUUAUGUUUUAUUAUACUUAGUGGAAAGAAACAAAUAUAAUAACUAGAUGAUU